AUGUUAAAAACAGCAAUGUCAAAUAACAACAGUAUAUCUAAUGGGAUGAAUGUAGAUGGCUGUUGUUCAUCAUCGUCUUCCUCAACAAACAGCAGCAGUAGUUACUCAAUGUAUGUUCAUCACAGUCAUAGUCAUAGUCAUAAUCAUCAUAGUAUCAAUGUAAUAAGUCAGUCCGCUGCAGAUUCACCUACUGCCGAGUUGUCUAUUAUAAGUCCACCUCCACCACCUCCACUCAAAAUGAAACCGCUAUUUUGUAGAAGAACAACUGCAACAACCACAACAAGUACUACUACUACUACUACAAAAGUAAUUACUGCAAAUGAACAACUAUUGUCAUUCAAUAGAAGCAGAUUGGUAAAGACAACAACCAAGGUGCGUACUGCAGAUGGUCGUGUCUAUCAAGAGCAGAUCAGUGGCGAUACCGUUGUAUCUAGUUAUCUUGGCUUGGACGAAUCGCUGGAAUGCAAAAACUACAACGCAAUCACAGAACUCACACCCUAUGUAUAUUGCAAUGAACUGUCGAAAUGGAUUAUAUUCAAAACUGAUCCACUGAUAUCUCAACAGCAACAACAGCAACAACAACAACAACAGCAAGAAUUAAACUUUACAAUUCUAUCAUUUAAUGUUUGGUUUGAUAGUUAUCUUUGGAAACAACGUGCAACUGAAAUGUUUAAAUUGAUCGAAUCGAAAUUGCCAAACUUCAUAUGUUUACAAGAGGUGACACCCAUUUUUUUAGAGUAUCUGGCUGAGCAACCAUGGGUCAGACAACACUAUCUGAUGUCGGAUUGUGGUCGCUCUGACACUGUAUUCCCGUAUGGCAAUGUGCUCAUGGUCAAAUCACAUCAUACAUUGGGCAGCAACAGCAGUCCAUAUAGGCUACAAUCAAUUACUGUAUAUCCACUACCAACUCGUCAGAAUCGUAAGAUGCUCACUGCCUUGAUACAACUCGAUUCCGGUGCACUGAUGUCAGUGUCGACCGUACAUCUCGAGAGUUUGGCAACGAGCUCCGACCUGAGGAUUCAACAGCUUCAAACUAUCAAUCGUAUCAACCAAGAGAGAAUCGAAAAGUAUCAGUCACAGUGUACUACACGAGAGAUAGCAUCGUUUCUAGUGGGUGAUCUCAACUUUGGCAUACAAACACCAGAGAAUCUAGAGAUGUUGAACCAAUCGUUUUCAGACCUAUGGACUACAGUCAAUCCUUGCAGCCAAUCAGCAAUUACAUGUAUAAAGAAAAAAGAAAGAGUAGACAGAAUUUUACUUUGGCAAAAUAAUAACAAUAACAACUAUAAUAAUAAUAAUAACAAUCAACAAUUACCAAUAAUCGAUGCAAAUUCAACAAUUAAUAUUAUAGGUACUGAACCUAUCUAUAUUGACGAAAGCACAAGAAUGUCAGAGAAAAUAGACAAGUCUGAAUUGGUAUAUCCUUCCGAUCACUUUGGAUUGUAUGCGUCUAUUACCAAAACCUAUUGA